ACGGACGAAGAAGAAAUCUUGACCCGGAAGUUUUUUCAACACAUAUGAUUUCCCCACUAAUGCUGACUGUGCUUUCUGAAGCUGAAACUGAGCUGUGUGAUGUACGCAGUGAGUUAUUUAUAACUAUAAAACAAACAAACACUCCCUUCUCGUUUCGAUCGGCUAAACGGGACAGUAAAUAGACAGUCUCAGCAUGAGUACCAUGUUUGCAGACACGAUCCUGAUCGUGUUCAUCUCUGUCUGCACGGCGCUGUUGGCUGAAGGUGAGUGAAACCCUGACAGCUCCACGAGCCAAACGAGCAGAGAGGUGUUAUACUGUCAGUACCGAUUAUACUUUACAGCUUCACAGGCGUGAGGGAAACACUGGGCGAUAAAUGUGGUCAGUCUCAUUGAUUAGUUCUGGUUUGAGGAGUGUGGGCAGUGGGACACUUUCAGCUGGCUAAUAUAGCUAAGCUAAUGUCUGAGGUCCGACAAUCAGACUUCACUACCGUCCACAUUUUCAGGAAAGGGAAGAGGAAACUCUAAUUUAUUAUUAUUUGAUUAUUCAUUGAUUUCAUUUGGUUUUCCUUCAUUUAAUCUCCAUUAUGAGAAAUAUGUGCCAGCGAGAAAUAGGUUUGAAUAUUAAUGUAAAUCUAUAUGGAUCAACAAACAUUUAAAACAAAAGAGUACAUUUAUAGUACUGUUUGAUGUUUUUAGGGGAAAUAAAGACAUUUAAAAGGCUCAAUGAGAAAUAGCAUGAUUUGAAAGUAUUUUUUUUUUACUUCGUACUUCUCUGUAUAUUCUAAUGCAUCUGCAGCUGAAUGUAAUAUCCAUAGAUUAGACAUGUUUUUAUCCUGACUAAAACUGGAAGUUUGCAUUCAUUUACUCCAAUUAUAAUACAGUCAUUGAAAUUUAAUUUCAAUUUAUUGAUUGAUUACAGUUUUCAACUGGUCAUGCUAAUAAUAAGAGAGCUGGUCAUCUGAUGGCCGAUGUAUAAUGCCAAUAUUACAAACUUAAGAGAGGAAAUGUCAUUAAUCCGCAAUCAUCAGUUUGUCUCUUAUUGAAACACACUUGGUUGGUGAGGAGGAGGGAUCGAAUGCCAAUUCAGUCGGAGCGAAAAAAUAGUGCAUUGGAUCAGAAACGGUAACUUUGAAACAGUAAAUCUGUCAUCAUCAGCAGAUCCUAUAAAUUUUUAAUCAAAGUGAGAUACUUGAAUACCACAACUAAAUAAUAAUAAUAAUAAUUCUGUUUCUAUCAAUACAUUUUUGCCUAAGACCUCUCCUUCAUUAAGCAGAAUGAACUUAAAAUUGAAAAGGGAUGAUUCAACGAUGUUCAGAAUUGAUAAUUUUAUACAUGUGAUACAUGAUAUCCUUAAUGCCAUUUUGAGAGUGUGUAUGAAUUGUUUCUGCCCUUUAUAUUCUUUAUCAAAUGUGUGUUAAAGUGUUUUUUUUUCUUUCUCAAUCUCAAUAUCUUACUGCAAAGUGACAUUUAAGGACUGAACUCAGUGCCCUUCAAGCAAACUCUUUGACAGAGACCAACGGUAUCAUAUUGUUUGAUUUAAUGUCUGAAAAUGAAAACAUACCACCAGACAAAUAAUUGAAAAUAUCUGGCUGAAAUAACUCUCCAAUUUAUGAUAGCUUAUAAGCGUUUGCAUGGCCAUGAUUGUAAAGUUUGAAGGUUUAUGACACUAAACUGGUAGAAUAUGGUAUGAAAAGGAAUAAAACUCCCAAAAGUCUACGGUGUUCAUGUGUUUAUGGGAAUAUGCAGUGUAAAAAAAAUAUUGUGUGUGUGGUUGGGGGGGGGGGGGGGGGGGGGUAUUCCAGUGUAACCUGAAAUGUGAUACAGUACAAACUCAGUCUUCAAAGUGUCUGAAGACCCCAGAGAGUUGGGAUGUUUUUUCAAAUGUAACCACUCUGUCUUUGCUCCUCAGGGAUAACUUGGGUUUUAGUGUAUCGCACUGAAAAGUAUAAAAGGCUAAAGGCUGAAGUAGAAAAACAAAGCAAAAAACGUGAGUGACUCUUACAUAAACAUACACUGCUGUUGAUUAAGCAUUGGCUGUUUUGUUUCUGGCUGAUGUUGGAUGUAUUUGUGUUUGGAUGUUAGUUGAGAAGAAAAAGGAAACCAUCACAGAAUCUGCAGGACGUCAACAGAAGAAAAAAAUUGGUAGGAAGAAAAAACUAAGAAACAGACACAUUCCUUGCCUCACAUUGACAGUGUCUCUUUUUGAUUGAUCCUUUCUUUUUAAUCUGUUACAGAAAGACAAGAAGAGAAAUUGAAGAACAACAACAGAGAUCUGUCUAUGGUGAGUACAAGUUUGUUUAGAUUCAAUUUUUAAUCCUUUGGAUAAAUUGAAAAAUUUUUAAUGUACUGUCUUAGAGUUUGGUUGUUAGUUAAAGUAAACAUCUUGUGACCAAGUACCAUUUAGUUUUUAUUGGGCUUUUUUCCUCUUUCGUGUUUGUAGGUGCGCAUGAAGUCCAUGUUUGCCAUAGGCUUCUGCUUUACAGCUUUGAUGGGCAUGUUCAACUCCAUGUAAGUCUAACGUGUUUAAAGCAAGUCAUUUUUUUGUCAUAAUAUAAAAAAUGAAGGAAAAGUUCAGACAGUGAUGACUGACAGUGAGUGCUCUGGAAUUGUUUAAGUUUAAGUAAAUACCAUGUACUUGUAGCUAAGGUGUUGGUGACUUCUUUUGAACUUCAAACUCUCCCUUAAGCUCACACCUCUGUUUUAAUUUGGUCUUGUUCAGCUUUGAUGGAAGAGUGGUGGCAAAGUUGCCGUUCGUGCCCCUCUCCUACAUCCAGGGACUUUCACAUCGUAACCUGCUGGGCGAGGAUUACACCGACUGCUCCUUCAUCUUCCUUUACAUCCUCUGCACCAUGUCCAUCAGACAGGUAGCUAGCAUACUUGCAACAACUUUAGACCCUACAGAGGGUCUCUUUUAAUGUCCCUGGAUAGUCAUAUUAGAGGGAUUCUGGGUUGUCACAAAAUACUAGUAACGAUAACAAUGUUCAUGUUCUAAAAAAAUAAUCUUAAGAUCCCGCUAUGAAUGAGCAUAUGGCAAUACUGUGAGUCCAUAGUUGUAGUCCAUGCCAUAAAACAGAGGAGACAUGAAGAAAAAGAGGAGAGCUAGCUUUAGCAGCCCUCUGAGAGAUGAUUCAGCACUAUUGAAAACUGAAGUUCCAGAUAAAUAGUGAAUCCAAAAACAACUUUAGAGCUGGUGCCUCUUGGGGUUAAUAAUCAAUUAAAUAUUUAUUCUUUGUGAUUGUUCUUUUAACUAUUUUCAUUUAAUUUUUCAACCUACAAUCUACCAGAAGUUGUGUACUUCAAAACAAAAGCAAGUUUUCUCGGCGCAAGACAAAAAGCGACCUAAAUGUAAAACUGAAAAAUAUCAACAUAAAAGGAUGAAGCAUUUAUUACUUAAGUUAAUAAAGAAGUGUGUUGCUUCAUUUUUUUCUUGUUCUUCAUUUAUAUAAUUAUACUGAUAUUUGAUGGCUAUAUUAUCAUGAGGCGAUAAGCUGAUACCCUGACAGCCCCACAAGGGUUCAAAACCACUUUAGGUAACAUCACAUUCUUUAUACAGCAAAUAUAUACUAAUGCACAGAGUCAGUAUACAUGUGCACAUUCUUACUGUUAGAAUUUUAGCACAAAUUUGUGCUAGUGUUUAGUCAGAAUGAAUACGUUAAUGGAUAAGUUAACAUUGAGGUUUUAAAACUGUGGUGAAGGCCAGUUGAUUUGAUUUUUGCCAUUUUCUGAGGCCAAACAUUUCUUUACCUCACAAAACAUGCCAUUAAACUGAUGGAGAAAAUUACAAACAGAUUUGCAGACACACAAACUAAGAAUUUUCCUUUUACAAGGUUAAGUAAGUCUCAUCAAUUGCUCUUAGCUUUUUGAGCCCUUAUCACUUGAAAAAAAAAAUCACCAUUCUCUGUGUUAUUUGUGUUAUAUCAUCUCUCCAGAACAUCCAGAAGAUGCUUGGUCUAGCACCCUCUAGAGCUGCAACCAAACAGGCUGGGGGUUUCCUGGGACCUCCUCCUCAGGCUGCUAAGUUUUCCUAAUCGUCAGGAGGGUCUGACCCGCUGGUCCUGCAGUUUGACUGUGUUUAUAGCCAGAGCUUUGUCAUCAGAGCAGUCACAGAGAACUGAACUGCUUCCUCAGUGCUGGAACAAACAUGUUAUCAGUUGCAGCUAAUGUAUCACAACUUUCUGUUGGAUGUUUUGUUUAUUUAACUGAAAAAAAAUCUUAUUUAGAAAUUAGACAGAAAAGUUGUUCUUAAUUAUAUUGAUUACCAAGGGAUACAAACCUCUAUCUUGCAUCCGCACAUGCCAUACAUUACUGAGAAUUUUAACUUCUGAUUGGCACUGUAACAUCCAUAUACCAGUAUUACUAUCUGUCAUUGUAUCCUUAUUUCUUAAUCAUCAAUAAAGUUUUAUGGUUUAACUUA